AUGUGUUUUGGCAGCAAGGACGAGCGCGACGACGAGCCCGCGCCGCGACCGGCGCAGAGGCCCGUCUCACCACCGCAGAGCCACCCCAUGGGUGACGUCAAGAACAGCAGCUACAUGCCGCAGAACACGCCCGGACGGUCGUCGGGGGAGCCCAGCUACGCGCCUCCGGGGGGACCUCCGCCGGAUCGGAAUACGGCCCAGUAUGCGCCGCCGCCAGGGCCGCCUCCGGGACAGUCGUCGCAGCAGCAGUUCGCUCCUCCUUCGGGGCCUCCCCCGGGACAGUCGCAGCAUGAGUAUGCACCGCCUUCUGGGCCACCCCCCGGGCAGUCGUCUCAGCAGUACGAUGCUCCUCCAGGACCACCUCCAGGACAAUCGCCGCAGCAUGAGUAUGCGCCGCCUUCGGGGCCACCCCCUGGACAGUCGUCGCAGCAACAAUUCGCCCCUCCUCCUGGGCCUCCUCCGGGCCGCUCAUCACAGCAGGAGUAUGCACCACCCUCGGGACCACCUCCUGGACAGUCCUCACAACAGCAUUAUGCUCCUCCCCCGGGUCCCCCGCCAGGCUCGAACGACUGGAUCCAGCCUCCAUCCGGCCCUCCGCCUUCUGCUGCGAAGCAGCCCCAGCAUGAUUGGGAGGUAGCCGUCCCCGAUACGUCUCUAUUCCCACCGCCGCCGGCCAUCUUCAGUGGCUACGACAGGUCCCCGACCAGCAACGCCACUGAGGACGACGCCAUCGCCGGCGAGGAUUGGUGUGAGCGGUACCCCCUAACGCGGCCCAUCGUCCUCGACCAGCUCGCCAGCACGGCUCUGGAGGCGGGCAACAUCCGUCUCAUGGAGCCUGCGGGCUUCAGUGGCAAGCUCACCUGGCUCAAGCCCGGCCAGUGGGACGGCUACACGGCCAAGAACUCGCCCGACCGCUGCAUCAUCGGGUAUCCUCCGCUCUACUCCGUCACCCAGCACGACCCGCUGCGCUCUGGCCGCCCCAAGACCAUCUACUACGAGGUGAAGCUGCGCGACAACAGCCCUACCGUCUUCCUAGGCCUCGGCUUCACGGCUCUGCCCUACCCGUCCUUCCGAAUGCCGGGCUGGCAUCGCGGCAGUCUGGCUGUCCACGGUGAUGACGGUCACAAGUACAUCAAUGACCGCUGGGGCGGUAAGGACUUCACCGACGAGUUCCGCCGCGGCGACACCUACGGCAUUGGAAUGACGUUCCGCGCUGUCGGCCAGGCCAAGCCCCAGGUCGACAUCUUCUUCACCCGCAACGGCACCAUGACCGGUGGUUGGGCGCUGCAUGAGGAGACCGACGCCGAGCAGGACCUGCCCGUGACGGGGAUGGAGGGCUUGCACGACCUGAGCUGCGCCAUUGGAACGUAUGAUGCCGUGGCUUUUGAGGUCAUUUUUGAUGCCGCGAAGUGGUUGUACAACCCCAAUCAAGUUUGA